AUGAGCCUUUUGCUGCCAGACAAAGUGCUGGACGACAGCGAAGUUACAGCGGCUGGUCUCCGGUUCUACUAUGAGAACUUGUAUCCGUUUGAGGAGCUUCAGCGUUGGCUGAGCUACCGCAACUCCCCCUCGGGUGCAUCUACAACGCUGAAUGAUCCCCAGUUUUUAGCGAAGCGAGAAUUCUGUUUGACAUGCAAAAGAAAUGACGCGAAGGAUGAAGAGUUCUUCAUGCGAUGGCAGUCUUUCUCCUCCCUCUGCGCGCUCAAGGACCGGUUGCUCUCGAUGAAUGAACUGUCUUGCCACAAGUUUGAUAUUGGCGCAGUAUAUACACUGCCCAUUUCCCAAAAGGACACGCAUGGCCCUCUCUUCAAGGCGCAGCAAAAAGAACUCGUCUUUGAUAUUGAUAUGAACGACUAUGACGAUGUCAGGACCUGUUGUCGUGAUAAACGAGUGUGCAGCAAAUGCUGGCGGUUCAUUGCAGUUGCCGUCCGUUUGCUCGACGCGGCCUUGCGCGAGGAUUUCGGAUUCAAACACAUUCUUUGGGUCUUUUCUGGACGAAGAGGAAUUCAUGCUUGGAUAUGCGACACGGAUGCCCGUUUGAUGCCAAACGAGAAUCGCGGUCAGCUCGCCGAGUAUCUCAAUCUCUUGACUGGUUCAGAUCAGCAGGCUAAGAAGAUUAGCCUUUGGGGGAAAACACAGCACCCAUCCGUCGAGCGCGCGUUUAGGAUUGCAUAUGCAGAGUUUCAGCGAUUGCUGCUCGAGCAGGACUUCUUUUUCUCUGGAGGCAACACCGCGCAGGCAGAGAAACUGCUCGAUUACCUCCCUGACGAUACUAGCAGCAGUGCCAGUGGUCUUUCCACCCGCGGAUUCAACGCUCAAGCUAGGGCCCGAGGGGAAGCAGCAGCUUCUGACUUGAAGCAGCGAAUUACUGCCUUGAUCCAGGAAAUCAAAGCCGAAGGAGGAGCACCAAAUGGGAAAGCCAGCAAGAGCAGCAAACUUUUCGAACGGAUCUGCAAAUUGGCAAACUGCCAAACGCCUUCUGCUUAUGCUGCUGCGACUGCCGAAAAUGCAGCAGCAGCCUUAAAAGAGAUGGAAGGGAUUCCCAAUUUCAUCAAGGAAAUCGUGCUGGCCUUUUCUUACCCCAGGCUUGACAUUAACGUCAGGUAA